UCCGGCUCCGCGCAGCGCCGGGGAGGGGAGAAAGCGGCUCUCCGGCUCCUGCUUCCAGUCGGGCCGUUUGCAACGGAGCAGCCGCCGGCGCAGGGCUGCUGCACGUGGGGCCGCCAGGCCGGGUUCGCCGGGGGGGCUGGAGCGGGCCAGACAGGGGCGAUGUUCACAAGCAAGCUCUUCACCCUGGUGCUGGUGGUGGAGCCCCAACGGGUGCUGCUGGGCAUGAAGAAACGUGGAUUCGGGGCUGGGCGCUGGAACGGAUUUGGGGGCAAAGUGCAGGCGGGUGAGACCAUAGAGCAGGCAGCCCACAGGGAGCUGCUGGAAGAGAGUGGAUUGACUGUAGACAACUUGCAGAAGAUGGGUCAGAUCACCUUUGAGUUUGUGGGUAACUCUGAGCUCAUGGAAGUCCACAUCUUCCGGACGGACAGCUUUCAUGGAGAGCCAACAGAAAGUGAUGAAAUGUGCCCACAGUGGUUUCAGCUGGAUCAGGUGCCUUUCAGUCACAUGUGGCCAGAUGAUGUCUACUGGUUUCCCCUACUGCUCCAAAAGAAGUUGUUCCUGGGCUAUUUUAAAUUCCAGGGGCUAGACACUAUUCUGGAGUACACGCUGAGACAGGUGGAGGAGGUAUAAGAGGAAACAGCAGCAUUCCACCCUUAUCAAAUACAUCAUUACCUAUAUUGGGCCAGGCCCCAACUAUUAGGCAUGAACCUGCCAUAGCAGUGGCCACUGUAUGCAAUGCUCUCCUCUCUCAGCAGAGGAGAUUUAGCUACUGGAUGGGUGGAGGAGAAAAAGUGGCUUUUCUCCUGAGGGAGAACAAAAGACAGCAGAUCUUGUGCUGGUGCAGUUCCAAGAUGUGAAGUGUUUCACUUAUGGUUUGGUAAUGACUCUCACAAUUCAAUGGUAUCCCUUUCUCCUCUAACAGUUAGCUCAAUCUGUUCCUUCUCAGAUGGCCCUGUUUUACAUUAAAAAUACUAAAAUGAA